CUUUGCAUGAGGUGUUCGCCACCCUCUCUUGCUGCAACUUUUCUUUAAAAAAGAAGAAGAUAAUAUGGAGCGAAAAAAUCCCAGCCUCUGCACUGGGAUGCACGCAGCUAUCCUCCUGUUGUGACGGCUUGUGAGUCCAAAGGGUUACCUUGGCUUGUUUUGCUUCCUGAUUUGUUUGGCUUCAUAGGAUUAGCGUAAUAGUUCGCCUAAAGCCCUAAACAAAUGAAUUGCCUCUAGUUGUUGCAUCACGUUGUAAGACAGGAACAAGAUGACAAAAAGUUUGACCAUCCGUCGUGAUGGGCAGCUUGUAAAGUAACAUGGAAAUGGAUAUGCAGCAAAGUAGGUCUAAUCUAUCCUGCUUGCAAUUAACAACUGAAAACAGUAACCAUCUCCUGCUGCAUGAUGUAAACCUAUGGUUAGGGCAAUAACAUAGGUUUCUAAGUGUAUUACACCUAAAUCGCCUUUUUUUAAAAAGUUAUUGAAUAUUUGUUACUGGACCAGGUAGCUUGGAAAGUUUGGAACUUGUUUGAAUCAAGGACAUUUUUUAAGGAAUUUGACUAAUAUUCCAAAAAAAUUCCUGAAAAGAAGAUCUUAAGCUUUAGCCACUAAGUUUGACUAAUAUUUUCUGAUGCGCUUGAUUUAUUUUCAUAAUAUGUCUGUACUACUACGCCUGGUAUUUCUUGAGAUUUAUCCUAUUUCUUAGUUCUCCACAUUUACACUUUUAAAAAAAAUCCCAAGAAGUCUAGAAUACCAAACAUGCAUCAUGCAUGCAUUGGCGUCCAGUAGGUCCAGUGAACUCAAUGCUUAUAUUGUUAUCAAUUUAUAUAUUUGUCAUGAGAAACCUGUUGGAUCAUGGAUGUGUGUAUACAUAUGACUGAACUCUGACUUUAUCUUUUUAUUUAUUUGUUUUCAUCGUUUUCUUUUCUACCUUAUGUUCUCAGAAGUUCCAUUCUCCAUCACAUUAGCACUGGAACAAGAAUCAAUAGACAAUUCAGAUUGCCAAACAUUCAGGUCGUUGGUAGGUUAUAACUACUAGCACACUGCCCAUCACUUUAUUUUUGUCACAAGGAACUUGCUGGAUGUGGGCAUAUCAAAUCAAAUCCUAGCUGCAUAUCUGGAUGCACCAUAUCUUUCUAUAUCGCCCAUGCAUGACUUCCUUAUGGCCUGCCGCCUUCUCCAUUGCUGUUCUCUACCAGAAAGACCUGUUUGCAGGUAUAUCUGGCUGCAUGUUCCUAAAACCCUUUCCAACCAUUUUAGUUCAUCCUGGUAUCUCGAGAUGCAUCCUCAAUGCUCGCAGCACUGAGAUAGCUAGAGGUGCAAAUGGGAGCCUCUCAAAUGAGAGCCCGCUUUGGAAACUAGUAUAAACUUUUGAACUAAAGAGGGGCAACGGAUAUCCUUACAGGCACCCAUUUGCACUCCUAGAGAGAGCUGUGUGGGAGAAAAGAUUUCCCCCACAUGUUGAAAUAAAGCGAAGAAACCUUCUCCCUAAAAUAAAAAAAAACUCAAUGCUCGCCACAUCACAAAAAGGUGAAAACGUAGUAUUUGUAGGGCAGCUAUAUGUCCUUUUUGUUCUUAUUAUGUCAUGUCUAUCUUGUGUGCCACAAAUUACCACCAUUCGCUAUAUUCCGUACCAUUGAAAUUACACUCCUUAAUAUUUCCGCAUGAUCACAUGAAACUACUUCAAGUAUUUGAAUAUUAUUUCCUUGUCCCCAAUUCAUUUUACCUAUGUUUUCAAAGAUGAAUUUUCAUGUAUAAUUUUCAUGCUACCAAACAAAAUAAUUUGAAGUCGAAGUUCGACGAGUUCAACCGGACAUGUCCAAAAUGCCAAGCAUUUGUGAGCCAAUGGAGUAUAAGCAUAUGUUCAUUUUUCAAAAAGGCGAAUUUACACGUUACGCGUAUAAUCUUUUUUUUAAAAAAAACGAAUCCCAUAAUCUUACUGUAGAUGUUUGACUAGCAUUGGCUGAAAAUUUGAAAUUGUAGUGUCCAGCAUAUUUAUGCAUAGACAAUUAGACAAGCAUGUCGUACCCAACACUGAUAUUUAAGCUUACCUUGGCUGCCAAAGUGAGGCUGCAACUCCACUCCACCCAUGGCGUCCGAUUCUCACCGGCGCGCCAGCGUCGCCGCCGAGAUGGAGGGCACGCUCCUCAUCUCCGGCAGCCUCUUCCCAUACUUCCUGCUCGUCGCCCUCGAGGCCGGCGGCCCGCUCAGGGCCGCCGUCCUGCUCGCCGUGUACCCUCUCGCCGCGCUGCUCGGCGCCGCCUUCUCCUCGGACGACCUCCCUCUCCUCGCCAUGACGUUCCUGUCCACCGCCGGCCUCGGCCUCGGCGACGUGGCGGCGGUGGCGAGGGCCACGCUGCCCAGGUUCUUCCUGGCCGACCUCCGGCGCAGUGCGUUCCGGGCCCUGGCGCGCCACGCCGGCGGCGAGAGGUACGUCGUGACGCGCCUGCCGAGGCUCCUGGCGGAGCCAUUCGUCAGGGAGUACCUCGGCGCCGACGUCCGCGUCGCCGGCAUGGAGCUCCGGGUGGUCGGGAGGCGGUUCACCGGGACCGUGGCCUCGCCGGGCGUGGCGGCUGGAGCCGACCAGAGCCUGCAGGGAGCUCUGGCGGCCGUUCUCGGGCGCGACCGGAUCGUCGACGUCGGGCUGUGCUCCGGCGACCGGCAGCCGGCAUUUCUGCAGCUAUGCCAGGAGCGCCGCGUGGUGUCCACGCCGGAGGAGGCGGCGGCGACGCCGCUGCCGCGGAGCGAGUAUCCCCGGCCGCUGGUCUUCCACGACGGCCGCCUCGUCCGCCGGCCCGAGCCGCUCGCGUGCCUCGCCGUCUUCCUAUGGGUCCCGCUCGGCGUGGUCCUGUCCGUGACCCGCCUCCUCCUCGGCUUCCUCCCCCACGGCGCCGGCCUCCUCCUCGCCGCCGCCACCGGCUUCCGGAUACGAGGCGGCGGGCUCGGCGGAGCGACGGCGGCGAGCCGCCGGCGUGGCACAUUGUUCGCGUGCAACCACCAGACGCUGAUGGAUCCGGUGAUCCUCUCGACGGUGCUGCGGCGGAAGGUGACCGCCGUGACGUACAGCCUGUCCGGCUUCUCGGAGCUGAUCGCGCCGAUCCCGACGGUCCGGCUGACGCGCGACCGCGGCCGGGACAGCCGGAUCAUGGAGUCGGAGCUGGCGUGCGGCGACCUGGUGGUGUGCCCGGAGGGGACGACGUGCCGGGAGCCGUACCUGCUGCGGUUCAGCCUGCUGUUCGCGGAGAUCGCCGGCGAGGUGACGCCGACGGCCGUGCGCGCCGGCGGCGCCAUGUUCCACGGCUCGACGGUGCGGGGGCACAAGUGGCUGGACUCGGUCUUCUUCCUCAUGAACCCGGCGCCGUGGUACGAGAUCCGGCUCCUCGCGCCGGUGGCCACCGGGGGAGGCGCCGGCGGCGGCACGUCGAGCCGCGACGUGGCGAACGGCGUCCAGCGCAUGAUCGGCGACGAGCUCGGGUUCGAGUGCACCGGGCUGACGCGCAGGGACAAGUACCGGAUGAUCGCCGGCCACGACGGCGUCGACGCGAGGUCGGCGGCGGCGGCAGCGGCGUCGUAGUGGAGCUCGCUGCUCGCGCGCGGUGUGUCACGCACGCAACGCAAGCAAUGCAUGCAGGGUAUCGCGGAACGCGUGUUGUUUGUGGAACUUGGAACUUGGAAGCAGGGUCUACAUUUUCAAUUACUCUCCAUUUGUUGUGAGCUUUGAAAUUUGUAAUCGUGUUGGGUGAUACUUUUAGUUACAAAAACAUAACAGGGUAGUUCCCAAUUGUAUAUUUUUGGUUGGGUAAAGAAGGAAAUAUAGAAUACAAUCAAGAGUUC